GUCACACGUUGUCUACCUGGUCGGGGGCGAUCAGCUGUGGUGCCCGUUUGUUGUACUCGUGUCCGCAGAUCAUAAAUUGCUUGUCGACUGCAACCUGACGUUCCCGCGUGCAACAUGCAGACAACAGUUCACGCUUCACAUUUGUGAGGCGUGGCAUCGAAACAGAAGCCAUGGACAUCAAGAUCUGUCAUACAUCUGAACUGGACAAAUGCUACUGGCCGAUGUUUUCUAAAGCGAAAAACACAGUUAAGUGUGACUGUCCCCAGCCGUGUUCUAUGAAGGAAUACAACAUCCACUCUUCGUCAGCAGCCUUCCCAACCAAGCCGCUUACAGAGUUCCUUGUGGACGAGAAACUAAUCAAGUCUGCCAAGUAUGCUAGGAGCAAUCUGAUCCUCGUGUCCAUCAGCUUUGAGAGAAUGAUCGUACAGCAUGUGGAGCACAUUCCAGAGAUGUCCUGGGGAGAUAUUUUCGGUAAGCUGGGAGGUCAGAUGGGAUUCUUCCUCGGCGCUAGCCUGCUCACGCUGUCAGAACUGGCGGAGACUGUAAUCAUGACCAUGUGGAUCGUUGGUUCUCGGGUCUGCACAUUUAGCAAGUCUCAAGUAAAACCAUUCGACAUGAAGCCAGCCAACUUGAGCUAGAACAGAACUUCAUCUAGACCAGAACCUGCUACACGAUACCAGCAUUAAACGUCUUGCAUCUUCCAAAUCGAAUGUUUUGAACUUCGACCAUAAACAGGACACUCAUGAAAAUACCGAACGUUCACAACUGAACAGUGUAAGCAAGAGACAAAGUUUCAACAGGAAGUACAAUACAAAGACAUAAGAGGAAGAAGAACCUUUGAUGAACUAUAGUCAGAUUAGAUUGAAAUAUCGUAGUCAGAAAAUAUAUACAGCAGCCAGUAUACGAACAUUGAUGGGAAGUGCAAUGUUGACCGAGAGAUUGCAGACAUUUAAAAGCGGGUUUUAAAACAAUAAAUAUAUUAAACUAUUUUGAGUCAUUUAUCUUUAUCUUUCAAAC